ACAGUCACCAAAUUCUUCUAGGUCAUUGCAAGAGACUCAUUCUAUUACUUCAGCGUGAUAGAGUUGCAUAGCAGGAGACUGCUUAUAUGUAUCACAUGUAUAGGAGGCAAAGAAACCCAGGAACAAAAGCUGGAUCCUGUUUUGGAAUUCUGAGGACCAAAUCAAUCAGCUUUUGCAUUAGUGCAGCAGAAAAAAAAAACCCAGUCUGUCUCUACGUUCUGAUUACAUCCUGGUAGGUCAUUUGCAAGAUUUGUUCUGAUGCUCCUGGGCAUUCUGUAUUUCCACAGCUGGACAUACAUUUCUAAACCUCUUCAUUUGUGAGCAGAAGAAAUGAAAAUCUAAUUUUUUAUUUUUCUAUUUUUUUGUAAUUUGCCUCUGAAAACGUGGCCCUUUGGGAGGCACAGAUCACGCUGACAUGCCGGCUUGCUUCUAGAGACGAGUAUCCUCUGAGGUUUCUCUGUCUUGGAGAGAAAAAAAUGGACUAGCAAAUGGCAGGAACCUUGUUUUGUAUUAUUAGAGAAGAUUGAAUGCUGUUACUGGAAAACCCAUGUGUUACAGGGAACACAAGUUCCUCCAAUUAAGAACUCUGUUUGAAGCCCCAGAUCCAAAGUGUUGAAAAACUGAUGGUCUGAAGAUUAGAACAUCCAGAUGUUUUUCCCUGUGGCACCAGGACUCCAAGGCUAUUGAUUUUAGUUGCGACCUGGACUUGGAAAAACAAGACUGAUCUAAUUCUGAACUCUCUGAAUCCACAAACUUCCAGGCAAAACUUUUAGAGAAUUGGAGAAGAUACAAUCACCCAAAAUUUAAAAUAAAGAAAUAAAAUUGGCUAGCUGAGAGGUCACCAAACUCAACAUUUCCAUUUUGCUCCUCUGUGACCUUAAAAAGGAGCAACAACGAUCACCACGGGUAACAGCCACAUUUUCUACCACAAGAUGAUGGGCACCUGGAGUCUGGGCUUCAUAUGCCUUUUGACCUGCGUGCUACCCUCUGUCUUUUCCAAGGUGUGCUUUUUUUGCGAAAUCACUGCCUCAACCAGGUGCCCUGCUACCCAGAUGGUUUGUGGAGAAUAUGAAGACUGCUUUGUCGGGGAAGGAGCUGCCUUGGGGGUGUCGAUGAUCCAGAACAAAGGCUGCACCCGUGACGUCGACUGUGGCAAGGAGCAGUCUGUGUCCUACAUGGGGGUCACCUACAGCUUGGUGACCAAGUGCUGCAAGGGAGACCUGUGCAAUGCAGCUCUGCCCCUGACUGCCCCUUCCAUCCUAACACAGCUAGGCAUCAUCAUCGUCUUGCUGGGACUCAUUUGAUUUUUAAAAAUGGCAUCAACAAUAAACUCUUUGGUUGUUUUUUUUUAAAUUGAAUUCUUGAACUUCUGGUACAGUGGCGUGUUCCACUCCAGAAGUGGCACUCAGUAUAAAUUCAUAUAUACAGCGUGGCUUCCAUAUUCCAAUUCAAAUAUAAUAAUAAGAAUAUUUUGAUAGGUAAGCUUUCAGGAUGCCCACCAAAAA